UCUGUCAGCUGAACGUCAGUUUGUCGGACCAAGACACAUAACCUCUAUUUUAAGACAAACUUUAACGAACAAUAUAGUGAGUGAAAAAUAUAAAAAUGAGAUUUAAUACCGUACUAUUUUCGGCACCAUUUAAUAAUUCCGCCAGAGCACCGCAAAGAGAACCUGUUCCGUUUCAAAUGCUAUUACCACUCAAGCUUAAAAAAACUGUUUCUGGGAAAGGAGAUAAUCUGAGAGAAGCAGCUUGUAUGCAAGAGAUUUCAUUAAUGUUUGCAUGCUUCAAGAAACACGAAUUCGAUCAGCAAGAAUGCUUGAAAGAAAUAACCGCUUUUCAAGGAUGUUACCGCGACUUCAGUGAAAAACUAGCAACAAAAAGAGAGCAAGGGAAAAAAGGUAUUUUAGUUCCUGGAGAAAAGAAGUUAACGCACAGACAAGUGAAUCAGUUACUUAAAGCGUUUCCACCAAAAUAGUAUGUAAUC